GUCAGCAGUUUGCGGAAGAGAUGUUUCCCCGCGGUGGGUCACGUUACCGGGACAAAAGCAAAGAAACAUCACCUGCACAACUAAUCAUCACUGAUCAUCGUCACCAGGUUUCCUUGUUUACUCUCAACCUAAUCCUUCUUACCACCUUCCUGAUUUCUCCGUGGGGUGUGACUCUGUUUCAUUGUUUCAUUGGUCUUGUUUCCUUCUUUCCAUCUCUAUAUCAGUGCUGAAUUCGCUGGUAUCAUCUUUUUAGGGAGCACGGGUCACUUCGCCCCUCUUAGUGGCGCCGAAUACAUAUUGCUUUGCGAUUAAGGAAAAAUACUUCAGCACAGCGGCUUGAUUUGCAGCACAUUUUACUAUGGACUCCAUGAGGUCGCUGAACACAUCGCUACCUAGCUCAACCCCUCGUCCUCAACCCCCCGAGCAACUUUUACAAUCAUUCAAAGCGGCUGCAUUGUCCGUUACCAAUCUUUAUAAGAAUGCAGUCUACGAGCAGGCACAGGCAAAACAGGCAGGCUACCAAGAAGCAAUUGAGGAUCUACUACAGUUUUUAGAUAAGGAGAGCCUCGGCCUCACUGGCGGAGAAGGAUCAAAAAUUCGACAAUGGGCAGCUGAAAGGUGUGAUGGAACCGGCACCCCUAGUGAUGACGAUGAACCUGAGAAGCAACCUCGAAGCACCAGCCCUGUUACUACACGCAAGGAACAGCCCAAGACAGAUAGCGUUCGACCACCACCCAAGUCGACGUCGCCUGACGAGUCAGUUUCUGCACAGCAGCAGCCACCCGUUCCCAACGCUCAAGUCACCGACACCAAUACCCUCGAUAGACCCGCCAUCUUUACUUUCUCUGCUGGACCCUCGUUUCCGCCUUGCCAAGAACCUGAUGUAGACAUGCAAUCCUCCGACAGUUCGACAGCCUCAUCUCAGGAUAAUUCACCCGUGAGUGUAUCUGUUCUUCCUCGAACCUCUCGACAACAAGCCCGGCACAACAAUUUUUCACGGACGAACCCUCGAGCAUCUACACGGGAGCCCUCGGCCCCUCCGGGGUCUAAACGAAAGUUUACAGUGCCUGAUUUCUUCGACAUAUCAGGAUUAGGGAAUAGGGAUAUGUUUGGAGGCGGCAAACGCGGCCGUUUCACCUAGAGAAUUUAGUAUCGACGAUUGGACGAACCUAAUAUUCUUAUGGUAACGCAGCGUUUGAUUGAUAUUCUUGAAUUCACGGUGCAUUUGGAGGGAGUAUCGCAUGUGGUCUUCUUUCGGCCACUACUUGUUGUCAUCAUAUUCCAGCCUUUUCUCUUCAUUGGCUUCCUGUUUUGUUAUAACGGCUAAACAUAUAGAGGUUAUCAGAUCUGGUGAUACCCGGUGGAGCAGCUCUUGUGAUGCUUAUUUCGUAUAGUUAUUCUUUUGUUCUUCAUCGUUCUUUCUACUUCGUUAAUAUGCAUAUAUGACGACCACCCCAGGCGAACAUUUCUAUCUUCUAGUUGUUCU